UUAUCAUUAUAUACUAAUAUAUUGUAAUACGAUAGCUAUAAACACGGAAUUGAUCGUUUUCGUUGAAAAUAUUUUAUUUCUAAAAAAUACAUUACAGUAAAAGGGAGAGAAACGAUAUGUUCACCAUCAUCGUGUGACGUAAGAUUCAAUGUCAAGAGCGCGCAAAUAGGUGAAGGUAAACGAGUAACUUUUCUCUCUCGUCAGGAGAUCAGACGUGAUCAGUUCCAAAGUAAUAGCAAUCUUGCUCAAGAUGCUUUGAAGAUCAAAGUGGAUUGAUACAUCACGCAUGUCGAGCGAUAAGUUAACACCUUAAUAAAUUGCGAUUUAUUUAUGUCUGAAGACUUUUAAAAUAUUGAUUCAUUCUCCUGCGUUGUUAAAAAGAAUUUAUAUUAUAGAAUAUGGAGUGAUUUUUCCGUGCGAAUAAUUGUAUAGCAUGCCACGUAUCUCUUAUCCCGAAGUACUGACGGAAGCGGCAGGCGUGAAGAUCGUAACAUCUCCACCCGAAGAAGAUGCGGAUUUCUUUCCGCCGGGAAAGAUAGUUCUUAAAAUGCGGAAAAUAAACGCAACACCGGACGUGCAUGGUAAAUCUUGCGGAUUCCAUUUGACCAAGUCGAAAUGGGAUCCAUAUCCAUGGAUCGGCUAUGUUGAAAAGAAUAGUCCCGCCAAUUUAGCAGGAUUGAGAACCGGCGAUUGUCUGUUGGGCAUUGACGACAUCGAUUUAUUGGGAUUAAAAAUCAAAGAUAUCGCUACUUUAAUUCGUAGCGAGGAAGGUGCACACGAUAUAAAUUUUUCCAUCUGGCGAUACCCGCGUCAAAAAGAGGAACAUGAUAUUGGAAUAGCCUUGAAAGGUCCACUUCCGGAUGUGGCCAGGAAUCUUGCAAACGCUUUAUCAGGAACGGUUCGUUCCUUGGAAUGCCCGAUUUGUUUGGAAAGCGCUGCACCUCCAGUCUCGCAAUGUGUUCAUGGUCACAUUCUGUGCGUUAUUUGUAGACCGAAAACAUCUCGUUGCCCGGUUUGCAGAGUCCGUUUGGGCCAAGGCCGAUGCCUCCUCGCAGAUAAAUUGCACAUAGUGCUUCGCGAUGCUUUUAAUGUGAAUAAUGAUGAGACGUUAAACAAGACACCUGUUGCAUCCGAGCAUUGUAACUUACGCGAUCAAUUAUUCGGUAAAAAUAAUAAAAAACAAGAAACCUCGGUCCUAAAUCGCUCGAAAAAUAAUUGUACUAUGUUGAAACCGAGGCAAUUCUUGUUGGCCAGAUUGUUACUCGGAAGUAGGGAAAAAGCUAUUUCCGCGGAUAAUCUAUCCAGAGUAUCCGAAAUUUCGGAAGGAGCAGCUGCGAUUUCCAAUGAAAUGACAGACGCCAAUAGUUUACGAUUGUCUUUGAAUGAUCGCACCAAAUCAGCCAGCACCGGCGAGUUGUCAAGGGACAGCGAAGCUCGCAUCAAUGAAUCGUCUUCGCAAAUUGUGGAAUUAUCCGCAACGAACACCAGUCGACAAUCGUUGAGUUUACCGCAGACGCCAAUUUGGGGCAGCUCCACGGAUUCUAUGUCUUGUGUACAAUUGACAUGUCCUCUUUUGCAAUCUUGCAGAGAACUAGUAACGGCUGACUCGCUGUUGGAGCACAUCAGGACACACGCGCUACCGCAAAUUCAUUUCUAUUCCGGAAGCGCAAGGAUUCCGCUACCGCUUCCUUUCGGACAAAAUGCUUUUUAUAUAUUUCACCAUGGAAGCAACAUAUUCUUCUUUCAGUGCAGAGAGGAAACAGCGUGGAUGACAUAUCCUGUUAAGAUGGCAGGAUACGCAAUAAGCAACACGUGGGAAUGGACAUUGCACGCUUGGGGCGACAACGGUACAGAGGUGCAAUUACGAAGAUAUGUUGCGAGUCUCGAGGAUCCUUUAACAUUAUCCUCACAACAUGUCGCACCAUUACCAACUGCAUUAUUAUUGAAGACUAUUAACAUACAAAUAUCGGAGCACUCAGCUCACGAUAGAUUAUAUGUAUGAAAAGAACAAAGCAUAUCCGUCCUUAAUUAUAUUUAUCUCAUUGGCAAUUAAGUAAAAUGUGUAUUUAAAAAAUUUGUUUUUAAAAAAGUAACAAAAUCGUUUAUUUCUUAUUGAUGUGCCAAAUUAACAAGUGAAGAACACAUCGUAAUAGUAUGUUAUCUUGAAUAUAAGAUAUAAGUAACAGAUUAAAAUCUCUUAUACAUAUGACACAUGCAUUGAGAGUAAUAUUAUAUCGUACGAAAUAAAAAAAUAUCAAUAUAUGAUAUUUAACAUGCAAUAAUGACCUAAUUUACUUAAAAUUAUUGAUAUUCAUGAUAUAGAUCUGCAUUCAUGAUCUUCUUCAUAGUAAUGCUUUAAUACAAUUUCUAUUUCACAGGAUAAAAGUGCUUUUUAUUAAAUUUAAAUUGUUAUUAAAUCUUUGCAAAAAACAAUCAUCAAUGGCAUGCUACUUAAUUUCUGCUGUUUAAGGAUUACUAGCUUGAUCAUAUUUCAUGAACAUCAAUUCUCAAUUAUAUAAUAAAAUCACACAAAUGUAGGUACUACUUUUAAAACGUAAAAAAGAAAAUAAAACAAAGAAAAAAAGAGAUUAAAA